AUGGAUUUGUGGACCCCCUUUUUUAUCCUGUCCUUAACUGUCACCCUGGCAUAUGCCCUGGGUACUCUGCCAGGUUCUAUGUUCCAAAGUGGCAAACUGCUAACUUGCACCUACAGAAAUGGCUGCCCAUUUCUGCCUAUCACAGUUACAUCUUCAGAGAUCUGUGGUUCAGAUAAUCAUGUACUAGAAGGAGACUUCAAAUUACCUUUACCUGUAAUUUUGGGACAUGAAGGAGCUGGGAUAGUGGAAAGCAUUGGAGAAUGUGUGAACAGUGUGAAACCAGGAGAUAAGGUCCUAAUAGUUUUUCUACCCCAGCGUCGAAAAUGUGACUCGUGCUUGCAUGCCAAGGGCAACUGUUGCUUGAAGGAAGAUGUCAUGCCUUGAGUUGGAUUGAUGCUUGAUGGUACCAGCAGAUUUACAUGCAGAGGAAGAAAAUUGUACAACUUUUGUAGAACAAGCACAUUCACUGAAUACACUGUGGUGCAUGAGAUUUCCGGAGUAAAUAUUGAUGAGGCUACACCUCUGGAGAAAGUCUGUUUAUUAGCCUGUGGAUUCACCACAGGUUAUGGAUCUGCUGUGAAGAAAGCACAGGUUACCCCUGGUUCCACCUGGGUUGUCUUUGGGCUCGGAGGUGUUGGCUCUUCAGUUGUCCUGGGGUGCAAAACAGCUGGGGCUGCCAGGAUCAUUGGUGUUGACAUCAAUGAAGAGAAACUUGCCAGAGCAAAAGCUAUCGGAGUUACUGAUUGCCUGAAUCCUCAAAAUUUCAAGAAGCCCAUCCCACAGGUGGUGGUGGAAAUGACUGCAUUUGGUGCUGACUUUAGCUUUGAAGCUAUUGGGACUAUCGAUACCAUGGUUGCUGCUCUGGAAUCCUGCAACCCAAGCUAUGGUGUCUGUGUAAUUAUUGGAGUAGCACCUGAAAAAUCCCAGCUUGCCUUUGACCCAAUGCAACUACUGUCUGGCCAGACUCUGAAAGGGUGCUUGCUAGGAGAUUUUAAAACCAGAGACCAUAUUCCUUUAUUAAUGGAUGAUUACAUGAAAAAUAAAAUUAAUCUGGACCCAUUGAUAACCUAUAGGCUGCCUUUCCUCAAAGUCAAUGAAGGGAUUGAUCUUCUCCGAUCAGGAAAAAGUAUUAGAAAUGUUUGGGUUCUGAAAUUAUUACCAGGGUAUGUGCAGAGGCAAGAGGUUUGA